AUGAGCUCGAUUUCUCGGCUGGGUCGCAAUCCUAUCACCCAGUUUUUAUCUCGUUGGUUCCACUGCGAACCAGCAGAGGAUUCAGCCAUUUCCAUAGCAACCCAUCUGUCGAGCUGCUUCGAUUUGCAGGAGCUCAACCAAAUCUACGCCCACAUUGUGCGAACCAACUUCCUUGCCUUGAAUUCAGCUCCGUUUCAUUGGAAUAAUGUGAUAAGGGCGUACUCCAGAUUGGAUCGUCCCAAUCAAGCACUACGAGUCUACGAAUCGAUGUCCCGCGCUGGGGUUUUACCCGAUUGUUAUACUAUCCCCAUCGUGUUGAAAUCCGCGGGACAAGUUCUCUUCAUCUGGGUAGGCGGGCAGGUGCAUUGUGUGGCCGUGAAGAUAGGGCUGGAGUCGAACGAGUAUUGCGAGAGUGGAUUUAUAAGCUUGUACUCGAAGUGUGGGGAGCCUGGCCUUGCCCUCAAGGUGUUCGACGAAAAUCCUGACAGAAAGCUGGGAUCUUGGAACGCCGUGAUUGGAGGACUCUGCCAAUCAGGGAGGGCCAAGGAAGCGGUCGAGAUGUUUCUCAAGAUGAUGAAACGCGGUUUGCGGCCUGAUGAUGUUACCAUGGUGAGCUUGACUUCUGCUUGCGGAAGCCUCGGCAACUUGCAAUUGGCAUUGCAGCUCCACAAAUGCGUCUUCCAAGCCACCAAUUCGACGAAGCCCGACACCUUAAUGCUGAAUUCCCUCAUCGACAUGUACGGCAAAUGCGGCAGGAUGGACCUAGCCCACAAGGUCUUCUCAAGAAUGGCCGACGAAUCGAGAAACGUUUCGUCCUGGACAUCGAUGAUCGUCGGCUACGCUUCCCACGGCCAGGUGAACUCAGCCCUCGAGUGCUUCCACUCCAUGAGACGAUCGACCGCAGUCCGGCCCAACCAUGUGACGUUCGUCGGCGUCCUGAGCGCCUGCGUCCACGGUGGGAGGGUGGAGGAAGGCAAGGCGUGUUUCGAGAUGAUGAGGAACGAAUUCGGGUUGGAUCCUCAGUUGCAGCACUACGGGUGUAUGGUUGAUCUACUGGGGCGUGUGGGUUUGCUGAAGGAAGCUAGGGAGGUGAUAGAAGGGAUGGAGAUGGAGGCCAAUGUGGUGAUAUUUGGGUGCUUGAUGGGUGCCUGUGAGAAGUAUGGUGAUGUGGAGAUGGGAGAGUGGGUGUGUGAGAAUUUGCAGAGGUUGGAGCCUUGGAACGAUGGGGCUUAUGUGGUGUUGUCGAAUAUCUAUGCCAAUCGAGGGAUGUGGCGGGAAGUUGAGAAGCUUAGGGUGGUGAUGAAGGACAGGAAGCUAGACAAGGUUCCCGGUUAUAGCUUGGCUACUUAG